GCGGCCGCUGUGCAAACAAGUGUAGGACAUACUCGUAGGCAAAAUGUGCGGGGAAAUGGGCAAGGCAGUUCUGCGGGCGCUGACCGGCGCGUUGCUCUGUGGGCUGGUCUCGGACGCUGCAUAUCUGCAGAGUUACGAGCAGUACCCCAUCCGUUACGAGCAAGCUGUGUACCGCAAGCCCCUCCGCGAGCACGAGAAGCCGCAAGACUUGCGCAACGUGCCGGGGAUCCCCGGCGUCGACUACCCCAUCUACCACGAAGUUCCUGAGACCGGGUUCUCGUGUGCACAUGUGCCCGUACACCCUGGGAUGUAUGCGAAUGUGGAGACUGGAUGUCAGGCAUACCACGUGUGCCACGACGGGCGAGAAGGACACCAAGGAGCAUCAUUCCUCUGCACUAACGGUACCCUGUUUGACCAGGAGAAGUUCGCCUGCGACUGGUGGUACAACGUGGACUGCGGACAAGCUAUAGCACACUACAAAUUGAAUGCAGAUCCUCGCAAAAAUCCUUACGUGCCAAAGCCGAAACACGAAGAACAAUUAGAACACGAAGGACCCCAUGGGAUUCACUACAAAAGGAUUUACCAUUAAAUUCACACUAAUUAUCAUUCACAACUUUCUUGCUAGCAGCUACCUUCACACUGAUUUCCAAAAAAUAAACAAAUAACCAAACAUUUAAACACAUCUUCUUCGUCUUAAAUUAUGUUUAUAUUUUCUAAAUGACGGGAGUGUUUAACAUUGUUUGUAUCAAAAAUGUUUCAUCAUAAGAUUAGUAGUUAAGUAGUUAGUUAAGAUAAUCAUUUAACUAUUCGGUUAUUUAUUUGCUUUGCCUUGCCUUUGAAAUUGUUAUCAAUUUAUCACUAAUAUGUAUGUAUGAAUAGCAAACAUAAAACAUCUAUGUAUAUUCGGUAUAUAAAUAUGUUUGUAAUCAGCUCUGUGUUUAUUUAUCGUCGGUUUAUAAAAACUUAUUUUUUUCGUAUAUUUUAUAGAUAAAAAUAAAAUGGAUUUCCGGUUGA